GAUACUGUUUCUGCUACUGUGCGCUCUGACGGGCACAUGGGCGGACCUAGUAGAACCCCCUCUGCGCUGGGAUAUGCCUCCCCCAGAAGGUACUGACGGAGCUACCACCAGAAACGUGUGGGUGAGCUUUGCCACGAUGCCUGUGGACCAUUUUGACCCGCUCAACACGGAUACCUGGCAAAUGCGUUUCAUGUACAACGAGGAAUUUUUCGGUGGCGACGGUUCCCCUAUAUUCAUACUCGUAGGUGGAGAAUGGGACAUUGCGCCGGGCUCGCUGCGAGGGGGCAACAUGUAUCAUAUGGCGCAGGAGAAUCAUGGCUAUCAGAUCUACACGGAGCACCGCUACUACGGCCAAAGUCUGCCUUAUCAAGAGUUCACAACAGAAAACUUGCGCUUUCUAAACGUGGACCAGGCGCUAGCUGAUCUCGCGUACUUCAUCCGAGAUGUUUUGAGGACGCAAGAACGUUUCGCCAACAGCAAGAUUAUUCUGUACGGAGGCUCUUACGCAGCUAAUAUGGUGCUGUGGUUCAAACAACGCUACCCUCAUCUGGUGGAUGGCGUCGUGGCUUCCAGUGGACCCAUUAAGGCAAAAGUAGAUUUCACUGGAUAUUUGGAGGUUGUUCACGAAGCAUUCCAUUUGGAGGGAGGUGACGAAUGUAUUGCCACCAUAAAACAAGGUAUAGAUGAUACGGUUGUGGCAAUGCAAACGGAAGAAGGUAGACGAUUACUAGAGAGAAAUUAUAGAUUGUGUGGUCCUCUCAAUUAUGAUUUUGACUACGAAAAAGCUUACUUUGCCGGUUUGAUAACAUGGAGCUUCUCCAACUCGGUGCAAACCGCUAGGCCUGGCACACUACUCACCAUCUGCAAUAAUUUCAGAAACAACGCAUACGGUUCUACGCCCAUGGAACAAAUAGGAGGGUAUAUUGCUGCAAGCCGUGGCUUAGGAACUUGCUGGAACAUGACACACGCUAAUAUAAUCAAUUCAUACAGUGCCCGUACGAAUUCACGUGCGUGGUACUACCAGACAUGCACGGAGUAUGGUUAUUACCAGACCGCACCACAGUCCGGCACCGUAUUCGAUCCGUUGCAUUGGCUGAACGUCGAUUUCUACGUUGAUAUUUGCAAGAGAGCGUUUGAUCCAAAGUUUGACGAAGCGUUUGUGUACGACGCCGUAGAACGCGUAAACACAGUGUUUGGUGGUCUGGGGCCGGACGUAAACAACACCAUCAACAUCCACGGGUACAUCGACCCGUGGCGGGCGCUGGGCGUCUACGAGGAAGACUUGAAGGAGAACUCUCCUACGUACACUGUUGCUAGGGCAUCGCAUUGCUUCGAUAUGCAAGGCUGGAUGACAACGGAUACGAUCAGAAUGGCGCAGGUCAAACAAAUCGCAAGAAGGAUAGUUGCUCGUUGGCUAUCAUCGUAA